AUGUUGGAAAGAUUGGGUCUGCGUGUGCCAAAUAACCACACUCGGCGGGCGAUAUUCGCUGCCACUGUGGAUAGAGGUACAUACCGCGCGGGUUUCGCUCAGGUAUUUAGUAUCGUAGAAGAGUAUUUAGCUCUAAUAAAUUAUGGAGAGAUUUCGGAAGAUGAUCUUGAGGACUCGGAUACAGAAGGUAAUGAGAAUUUUUAUGAAAAUGGAGACGAUUUGCUUCACGAUCUUGAGAGUCCAUUAGAAGAGGAAAAUGAUGACCCCGAUAAUGAUCCAUUCAUGGCAGGAGACCCGCCAUUGAUAAAUGAAGCUACAGCAAAUGAUCAAGUGCCACAGGUUCCAUUCCCCUCAACAAGUCAAGCUAGUCGCCGAGCAACUAUGAGAGGACUCGUAUGGAAGGUAAAAAAAAUUGUUUUGAAUUCUGACCAGACAGCUUUUCAUGGAGACACUACAUACCCACCUGAACUGAAGGAUGAGGCUACUACUGGUACUCCCUAUAGUAUUUUUUCACAUUUUAUUACAUCAGAAAUAGUUCAAAGGAUUGUGGAAGAGUCUAAUUUGUAUUCCGUUCAAAAAAAUGUGACUAAACCAUUAAAUUUAUCUGAAACUGAGCUAAGAAAGUUUAUGGCGAUACUGAUAUACAUGUCUGUUAUAAAAUAUCCCAAUGUACGGCUAUACUGGUCAAAUACUGUAGGUUUUCAACUAAUCAAGGACAUAAUGACUGUCAACCGAUUUGAGACUAUUCGUAGAUUUCUACAUUUCAACAAUAACGAGAAACAUUUACCCAAGGAACACCCACAACAUGAUAGGCUCCAUAAGAUAAGGCCUAUAAUUAGCCAUCUAAAUGAGAAAUUUGCUUUAGUUCCUAUGGAACAAAAACUCUCAAUUGAUGAACAGAUGUGUGCCACAAAAGUGGCACACUUCAUGAAGCAGUAUUUACCUAAUAAGCCCCAUAAGUGGGGGUUUAAAUUAUAUGUGAUGUGCAGCGUGAAAGGUUAUGCUCAUAAAUUUGAAAUAUAUACUGGCCAAGAGAAUGAACGGCUUCCAGAUGAACCAGAUUUUGGGCCAGUGGGAAAUGUUGUAGUCCGGCUUGCUAGAGGUGUCCCAAGGCAUAUAAAUCAUAUAAUUUAUUUUGAUAAUUUUUACACCUCUGUACCUUUCAAACUCAAACUCAAACUCAAAAUAUCUUUAUUCAAGUAG